ACCUUAGUUCAAACGUGGCAUAACUUCUUUGAAAAUAAAACGGAAAUAUUGUUAAAAUGGCGCCAAUGCAAGCACUUGUUAAAAAAAAUAAAAUAAACACUCAUUCAUUUUGUUAUAUUAUAUCUUCUUCACUAAAACUCGAAUACCACGUCUUCUUCUCUGAUUAUCUGUUAAGAAAUUUUUUUUAAAAAAAAAUGUCUCUGCGACCUGAUACUUGGCCAUCCUGGUCAUCUCAAAGGAAGAAAGAGCAUAAGAGUACUAUCAAAAUUGAGGCGGAAUCCGGUGGUUGGAGAAGGAAAGAGGACGGCGUUUUCUUAAUACGGAAGAAUAAACGCCCUGAUUCUAUCUCGAAGAGGAGAAAGUUUUUUCGAGAAGAAACUUUUUCUCCAAUGCUCAAUGAGGAUCCUCCUUUCCCCGUCUAUAUUUCAGAUGCAGAAUAUGAUGGUGUAAUGGCCAAGGUGAAAACCAUUCCUGCAAUGACACUGGCCUUAUUGUCUAACGACCCUGCUGCACAACUUGAAGCAACUACUCAGUUUGGAAAGCUACUAUCAGGGGGCUACAUCCCUCUAAUUGAUAAGGUGAAGCGAGCUGGUGUUGUCCUGCGGUUUGUGCAGUUUUUGACAAGGGAUGAUAUGCCCCAAUUGCAGUCCAUGGCAGCAUGGACUCUGAUCAAUGUCACUGCGGGAUUGUCUGAGCAUACAAAUACUGUGAUUGAACAUGGUGCUGUUCCUCUGCUUGUGAAGCUUCUGAGCUCUGGCAGUGAUGACGGCAAAGAACAGGCAUUAUGGGCAUUAGGUAAUAUUGCUGGCAAUUCCCUGACCGCAAGGGAUAUUGUUUUAAAUCAUGGUGCACUUUCUCCACUAUUGUCUUUGAUGUGGAAUCCUUCUUCAACAAAAAAAUCUACAUGGAAUAUUGCUACAUGGGCUUUUUUCAACUUCACUCGCGGAAAGCCUCUUCUAACUCUUCAGAAUCAGAUGCUACCAGCAUUGUCUGGCCUUCAGGAGCUCUUAUUGAUGCCUGAUGAAGAAGUUAUACUAUAUGCAUGCCAUCUCCUCUCCUGGUUUACUCAGAAAGGUUCAGACAAAAUGGUUCAAGCUAUCGUUGAGGCAAAAUUUUGCCCACGACUUGUAGAGUUACUACUGUAUCCGGAGUCAAAAGUUGUUGUGCCGGCUCUGGAGAUUCUAGGAGAUAUUGCUUCUGGUGAUGAUGCUCAGACUCAGUUUCUAAUUAACAGUGGAGCUCUCCGUUGUCUUAAAGCUCUUCUUACACAAAGUGAUAAAAUCAUCCUUGAAGAAGCGUGUUCGGUAAUUGCAAAUAUCGCAGGUGGGAAUAAUGCUCAAAAACAGGAUGUCAUUGACGCCGAUCUUAUUAGUUCUCUUGUCCGUCUCACAAAGGCUGACUUCGACAUCAGGAAGGAGGCUGUGUGGGUUAUUUCUAACGUCACUCACGGAACUCUUGAGCAUAUUCGGUACUUGGCGUGUAAUGGUUGCGUCGAGGCACUCUGUGAUCAAUUGACCAGCACAGACGCGACUAUGCUGACACUUUGUCUGACUGGGCUGAAAAACAUUUUAAAGGCAGGAGAAAUUAACAAGGAUAAGGGAUUAUAUAAGGGGGUCAAUGUUUAUGCUCAAAUGAUUGAAGAGUGUGCAGGAUUGGAUAAGAUUGCAAGAUUGCAAAGCUAUGACAACAAUAACAUUUACAAAAAGGCUGUGGAGAUUUUGGAGAAAUAUUUUCCUGAGGACCUUGAAGUUGUUGGUGAAUAGAAUCUUCCUAGCUAGUAGUGUGGAUGGCACCUUGAAACCAUAGAUGAUUAGGACCUUCAUUCAAACGGCUUUAUAAUGUAAAUGUUUAGGUUAGCUUGUUAGGAGCGUUCAUUUUCAUGGUGAGCCAUUUCUUUUAUUUCUUAAAUUUAUUAUUUAAAUUUAACUUUUCAUGUUCUUUUUUUUUUUUUCUUUCAUGUUCUUUACUCAACUAACCUUCCACCAAGAGUCCAAGAUUGUCUUUUCAUGUACAAACUUUUGCAAAUACUAAUUUGAAGUUUCAUA